UGAUUCAAUGAUUAUUUUCGAAUUGGAUGUGAACGUCGAGCCCAAGACUGUCAAGUAUGAUGACAGAGUCAUUCGAUUCAUUAGUUGUGCAAUACAUCAUGUGUAUGCAAAAGAUUAUAAUUUUGCUCUAAUUAUUGCGGCGUUUGUCCUUACUAGAAUCAAGGGUUUGACAAACGAAGAUGACAGAAUUUAUACGUAUAAGAAAUCACUACUAAUUACAGAAGCAGAGAAUAAAACGAUUAUGAAAUUUAGAUAUGAUCUUGUUGAGGAGUUAUGGAAAGAUAAAUUUUCAAUGUUUAAUAAAAACGACAAUGCUUAUGUCCACAAUAAAUGGGACGACUUAAAGAUCAGUUCGAAGAACUUUAAAUUUCUAACGACUUUCAGUCAAUUUGAAGAUCUUGAUCCGAAUGAUUUCGAGGACAUACAAGAAAUAGGAGAAGAAUUUGGAGGCUUUUCGAGGGUGUUCAGAGUUCGACACACAGGGGGUAAUAACACAAUGGUGUUGAGAGUUUACGACAUCAAUCAUUGUAAGCGGGUUCAAGGAGAUACUGCAGACAUCGAAUUUCGAGUUAGUCUUUCUAAGCUAAUAGAAUGUUUCUGUCGUGCAGUGCGGGCGUAUGUGCAUGUUGGCAAUGGUCCUACAGGGAAGUAUGCCAGAUAUAAUUUAAGAUCACACCGAUUUCCUUUUAUUGCGACAUUAUUCAAAUGUGGCUUUCUCAAAUUUGACGAUUUAUCAAAUGUUUCGGGGUUCUAUUGCCUUGAAGAGGACUUCCAGAAUUUUAUUUUAGAAUCUAGCAGAAGAAAGGAGAAGAUUGUACAAUUAGCAAAUGAAACGUUGGAUAAGUUACAUGAAGUUGAUCUUGUGAUAGGCUCUCUCGAUAAAUCCAAUAUUAUAUAUGAUGGAAGUAAGAUUAUUUUUAAUGAUUUAAGUUUUGCAGGUAUAUUGGAAUCUAGCCUGAGAGAUGAUGAUCAAGAUGAGGAUGAUGAUAUUGUGAGAAGAGGUAGUUAUUCGUUCUAUGACGAGGCGUCUUAUAUUUAUGAAGCUAUUGAACAAAUAUUUCUGGAAGCAUAAUUUCUUGAUUUCCGCUACUAUUUAAGUAAGGUGGAUUCCUCCUCCUUAUAUACGCUAUCAACUAUAUACGCUAUCAACUAUAUACGCUAUCAACUAUAUACGCUAUCAACUAUAUACGCUAUCAACUAUAUACGCUAUCAACUAUAUACGCUAUCAACUAUA